AUGAAAACACGGCGCAACACACGAUCUUGUUCGAAUUCAAGGAACAGAGCUGAAAAAACCUCUGAAACGAUACACCUCCCAUUCGAUCUUGUUAUCGAGAUAUUCAUGAGAUUACCCGCCAAGUCUGUAGCGAGAUUUCACUGCUUAUCGAAACUAUGUGCUUCAACACUUAGCAAUCCAAAUUUCACCGAUGCAUUCUUCAUCAGAUCUUCGUCUCGCCCGAAGCUAUUGUUCAACUGCCCUAAAGACGGCGAAACGUUCUUCUUCUCAUCACCAAAGCCUCGAGACGACUCGUCUCCUUUAGCGGUCAGUUUUCAUAAGAGUUUCCCAAUUAAUCGUCCCUUUGAUAUUUGUCGUCCUGUUUCUGGCUUCGUAUACGGAUUCAACUAUCAUAAGACUUCCACGGGGAGAACAGUGUCUGUGCCACUGAUAUGUAACCCUAGCACAGGACAAUCCUGGACCUUACCCAGUGUGAAAACGAACAGAACUAUAAUCACAAGCUAUUUUGGGUAUGAUCCGAUCGACAAAGAGUUCAAAGUAUUGUGUAUGACCCAGUCGUAUUUGGGGGAAUUUGGGGAGCAAAAAGUUCUGACAUUAGGAACUGGAAAAAAACUGUCAUGGAGGAAGAUCAAAUGUGACAUGCAACAUUUUCCUUGUCCGGUGGAAGGUGAACCUAAUCAUCAUUAUCCUCUAUAUGAUGGGAUAUGCAUCGAUGGAGUUUUGUAUUACUUAGGCAUGGUCAGGGGUGACGCUGACGGGUUUCCUGAUAUAAUUUGCUUUGAUAUUAAAUCUGAGAAGUUUAGUUAUGUAAAGAAAACUCAUGGCAUGGAACGUAACUCAGGAUCGGUGCUUGAACAAACCCUGGUCAACUACAAGGGUAAAAUAGCUAAGUUCCAGCCCAAAUUUGAUGAGCAUGGCACAAUACUUACAGGGAUUCAACUAUAUGUUUUAGAAGAUGCGGAGAAACAUCAAUGGUCGAGCUAUAUCUACGUAAUGCCUCCUCCUUGGAAGAGCAUAGUUGAAGAGACCAAGUUACGAUUUGUUGGAACAAGCGACACGGGUGAAAUUGUGUUGUCGCCAUACAAUAUAUCCGACUCUUCCUACCUACUCUCCUAUGAUCCCGAGAGGAACACUUUGACUAAAGUUGGAAUCAAAGGAAUGGAAGCUUUGAAGCCUCACAAAUCUUACGCCUUUCUAGAUCAUGUGGAGAACGUUGUCAAGAUUGAGCCUGCAAGCUAG